AUGUAUAGCUUUCACAAAAAUGUGCAGUUAAAAAAUAAGGAGGAUGAUCUGAGACUAAGCUCCUUUUUGAAAAGAAACAUAUUCAAUAGAUAUGAAUUAAGACCGAAGUACUUUAAUAUGCCCAUCUCUCAGAUAAAAAGUAUUAGAAAUGAACGAUUUGAACGUGUUUCUAAGAAUUCAUGGUAUGACACAAGUAUAUUUAAAAAAGAAAAAGAUAUUUAUUUAUUUUAUGGAGAAAUGAAAGAUGGGGACCCAGAGGGUAACGACAUAGAAGCACCUAAAAUUGCAACAGGAUUAGUUGAUGAGACGUAUAUACCUGGAAAUGUAAUAGAUAUAUUUGAUCCAAUCAUAGCAGAUGAUAAACAGUUCGAUGAGUGUAGUAGCUUACCUAGAAAUAUAUUAAGUUGUCCUAUAAAUAAUAUUGCAAUCCCAAGUGAGAAAGGAAAAAAAAAUAGUCUUCCUUUAUUAAGUGAUGGAGUUUUAUGCAACACUGACAUACCAUUUAUUAACACGAAAAGGAAAAAAGUGUCUAAAUUAACGAAAAUUAAUAAUAUGAAUAGGAGUAAAAAAAAAAAUAAUAAUAAUAGUAGAAACAGUAAUAGCAAUAGUAGUUAUAAUAAUAAUAGUAGUAAUAAUAGCACUAAUAUUAGCAGUAAUAAUAGCACUAAUAAUAGUAAUAUAAGGAAUCACUACCUACGUUUUAGUAACUGCAAAUUUAGUGUGAAUGGAGGGCUUCACAGAAGCAGCAAAAUGGACAGAAGUCAUACAACCAAGUUAAAAAGUAAUACUAUAGAAUUUAAAAAUAAUAUAAAUAAAAAAAGAGAAAUAAAAAAUAAUAUUUUGAAAUAUAAAAAGGGGAAUAAUUCGAAAUAUUGUUAUGAUUAUGAUGUAUAUACUAAGGACGACACGAAUAAGCAAAUUCAUGACAAGGGAAGAGUCUACAUAUCUAAAGAGAAUAUUCCCCCAGUAUAUGAAUGUCCAACUUUUUAUGAAAAAAAUAGUUAUAUCCUUCUGACAAGUAAUAUUUUUGGAAAAAAUAGAAAUAAAAGUAUCACUCAAUUUGAUGCACUCAAGGGAAACAUUGAUGAAGAGGCAAACGCAUCCUCCGUGCAGCAAGGUGUGGACAAGGAGGCGCAUAUUUCCUGUUGUGUCUUCCCCAAUACCACAAACAUUGUUAAUAAUGCUAAUGCCGCUAACCCCACCAAUACCACUAAUAUUCCAAAUGACAAUCAUUUUGAAAGUAAUAUUAAGGUAAAAUCCAUAACCGGAAAACGAGAAAAGAAGCCUAGGUGUUUGCCCCCAAAUGGAGAUAUAAAAUUGGGGUCAAAGAAGUUUAACCAUACGAAUAAAAAUGAUGAAUAUGGUGAAAAUGGUGAAAAUGAUAAAAAUGGUGAAAAUGAUAAAAAUGGUGAAAAUGAUAAAAAUGGUGAAAAUGAUAAAAAUGAUAAAAAUGGUGAAAAUGAUAAAAAUGAUAAAAAUGGUGAAAAUGAUAAAAAUGAUAAAAAUGAUAAAAAUGAUAAAAAUGGUGAAAUUAGUAAAAGUCGUAUAAAUGGAGAAGAUCGCCGUCAAGAAGUUGAAGAGAAAAGGUGCCCAAUUUAUGGGCCAACUUUUGAAUCGCCUCACGAACCAAGGUAUAAGCCAAUUUACAUGUCAACCAAUCAGGGUGUUCAUGAGGAAAAGAACAUGCACAAUUCAGGAGAAAAGGAGAAGAUGCAAAUUAGCACAUGUUGCCAAGAAAAAUACGAGGGUGUAAAUGGACAUCGAAUAAAUUGUAUAUUGUCAAAAAAUUAUACAUUAUUAGAUAGGUAUAAUUUAGAAUGCGCAGAGAAAAACAGAGGAAUAAAUGUUUUGUUAGACCCAGUAAAUAUAAAACAUAAAAAAGAGUUACUUGCACGACAAAUGAACAGAAAAUUGGGGAUAUCCGAACACAUGACGAUGAAGGGUUUAGGAGGAAGUGAUUCUAAAAGUAGGAGCAAAAUUUUGUUAGAAGAUAAAAAUGUUCCUAAUGAUAUCAAUAGUAUGCAAAUGUUGGAAGUGUUGCCUGAUGAUAAAAUAUGCUUGUACAGAAAUAUGAAUACAACAGUAUGUUUAACUAUUGACUUUACAAUAUAUAAACCUAUACUUGUGAAAAAUAUAACGCAAUUAAGUGUACACAUAAAUAAUAAAAUCGUAAGAAACAUUUAUAUAAAUGAAUAUCCUCAUAUAUUUACUGUUGUAGUACAACAAAAAGUUAAAAUAAAUAACGAAAGAACACUAGCUAAAAUAAAAAACAAGUUGGUUAGUAUAAAAGAAACUAAUAUAUUAAAAUUUGUCUUUCUUAAUAAUGAGAAAGAAUUGGGAUGCUCCUAUAUCAGUAUUAAAAACUUGUUAAUAUUAGGAUUAGAAGGAAGUGUAUUUAUACAAAUUAAUGAUCAUAUAAAGGAUACAAACAAAGAAAAGAAUUUUAUACAUUCUCAAAUUAUUCCUUUAUAUAAUCAAGAAAUGAAUAUUUUAAAACCCAAAGUAUUUAUAAGCUACAAAAUCACUUGCCCCAAGUUCCUUGUUGAUUCUAUUCCACUUUGUGAAAUGGUCACAUCUAAGGAGAAAAUAAAAUAUUUGCAAGAUACAAUAAGACAUGUAUAUAACUUUAUUCAAGAGUCUUCACUACUCAAGUACGUAAAAAAUGAAAAGUUUGUAACUGUAAUUAGUGAAAAAGGGAUUUGUAAUAAAGGGGGGAGAAAGGAAAGCGAAAAGGGGGGCGAAGGAGGGGGUGAAAGUGUAGGCGAAAGAGGAGGCGAAGGAGGAGGUGAAUGUGUAGGCGAAAGAGGAGGUGAAAAUGUAAGCAAAAAAGGAGGCGAAGGAGGAGAUACAAAUGUAGAUGUGCAGACUGAUUCUAAAUUGCAUCACUUACUCGGGAGUAGUUUUGUGGAUAAGGAGGAAAAAUGUGAGGAAGAAAUAAAAGGUCAUUCAAUAUGUAAAAAUAAAAAGGAAUUGCCUUACUCUGAACAGUCUGAUGACCAAGAAAAAUUAAAAUUAAAACAAAAUAAACGGAUAAAUAAAAAUAUUUUUUGUAGUGUUUGCAGUGAAAGUAGUAGUACAUGUAAUGCAAAACUCUGUGUAGAAGAAAGCGACAAAAUAAUAAGUACAGAUAACAGAAAUAGCAAAAUUGCACGUUGUAGUAGUGAUAACCAUAACUAUAAUAACCAUGAUGGUUAUAUUUCACGCUGUGAUGAAUUUACUGCUGAAAAGGAUGGAGAAAAACAAAAUACGCAGAGUGAAAUUAGUAUAAAGAGUACAGGAAGCUAUCAAAAAAAAAGGGACAAUAAUACUACUCAUGAGCAUUAUAAUUGUAAAGAUGAUUUCAUAAGGGCUAAUUUAGAAAGAGAUAAAGCAGAGCAUCAAGAAAAUCAUGAAAAUAACAGGAAUAAUGAAAAGUACAAUAAAAAAACAAUGGGUGAUGACAAAUCAAACCAAAUUACAAGCGAUAAAGGAAAGCAUGGAAUAACUGACGGAAGUGAGAAACUCCUUCAGGGGAUAGAAUCUUCCUUUGAGGGGAACAGUACAGUAAAAUUGAAUAAUCAAGAUGGGUCUAGAUAUACAAAUGACAAAAUCUUACAUAGAGAACCUUAUUUUGAUAGGGAUGAAGAGAAAGCUAAAAAGACGAACAAUUACCCACUAAGUAACGUUAAUUAUGGAAAAGGAAAAAAAAAAAAAACAAAUAUAAUGAGUGUACUUUCUAUAAACCAUGAAAUAUAUAGUGAAAAAAGGAAAACACAAAUUGAAGACUUAAAUGAUAUAAUAGAAAAAUAUAAGAAAGAAUUAGACCAAAAAAGGUUAGAAAUAGAAAAGCUGAAACACUCGAAUAACAACAUAAACAUUUUGUAUAAAGCAUGCUGUAGAAAACUGCUAAAAAAAAAUAAUAGUAGUAAAUAUAUAAAUGCCCAAACAAAUAUCUUAAUUAAAUUUAAUGAACAGGACAGGUAUAAAUUAAAAGAUGACAAGGUGCGGAAGGACAACCCCGUGGAAAGCGAGCAAAGCCUACCUCUAACAAAGGGAAACUCAGUCCAGGAUGAUAUACACAUGUUAAAAGAUAAAGAAGAAAAUAUUAAAAUAAAAAAUAAGAAAAGUAAUAAAGAUGAUAAAAAUGAUGGAAGUUAUGAAAAUGAUGAAAGUGUUGAAAAUGAUGAAAGUGAUGAAAAUAAUGAAAAUAAUGAAAAUGAUGAAAAUGAUGAAAAUAGUGAAAAUGAUGAAAAUGAUGAAAAUGAUGAAAAUGAUGAAAAUGAUAAAUAUAGUGAAAAUGAUGAAAAUAAUAAAAAUGAGAAAAAUGAGAGAAAUACGAAUAAUAAAAAAAAUUAUACUAACUGCCAUAUUAACCGCAGUACUUCCUUAUCGGAAGUAUCUGUAAGGGAACGAUAUGCCAAAAUGUUAAUGCAAAAUGAAAGAUGUUCCAGUGAAUUAGUUAUGCAUUAUGUAAAGAGAAGUGAAAAAGAACUACCCUUGUAUUCAAAAUCAAUAGAUGAAUGUAUACGUAACAUGUUUAAUUCUCGCAAGGAAAAAAUUUACAAAAAUACAAAAGGCACCAUAAAUAUCAGAAAUAUCCGAGACAAUCAAAAAAAAAAUAGCAGUUUUAGAGAAGCAAAAUGCUUUGAAGGAAAAGAAAAAGAAAUGGAAAUUCUUCUAAACAGAAAUGAAUCAUUAAAAAAAGAAAUAAAUAAAUUAAAAUUUAGUAAUGCAAAAUAUUUAAAUGGUAUACCAACGCCGAAUGGUUCUUAUAACAUAAAGAAUGAAAAACAAAUUUCCACGCUACAAAAACCUGAAAAAAUUAGAAGUCAUGUAGAAAGUAAUUAUCAUAACAUAUACACAGAGUCCAAAAAAAUAAGAAAUUUUCACAAUGAUAUUAAAAAAAAACAUAGGUACGGCAAUAACAAUAGAUUUAAUUUUCCUCUUCAUUUUUCUAAUAGUUAUUCACAUGACCUCGUGUAG